GCGUAGUGAAGAAAGCUGAAAGCCGCCGGGGCAAGCGGGAUCGCAUUGUCCAUCCCCAUCUCCUCUCUCUAUUUUUGUGGGCGGCAGAUGCGACGGUGAUGCGAAGGCCGUCAGCGCAGUGCGACGCUUACAGCACAGGAUGUCUACGUAGGCCACCGUGUCAGCGUGCCACAUCCUGAGACUCCUCACGAACGAGCGAGCGUACCGGCGGAGGGGAGCAUAGCACGCCAGAGACGCCCAGACCGCAAACUGCGCGUGGCUGGUUUCACACUACAUACACGCUAUAUGGUGUCGUUGUUGAAGAGCUGAGCAGGACUAACGUCGGAGCAUUGCUUGUUUGCGUAGAGAGCCUAAGUCCUCUUCCUCCUUUCAGGUGCAGUCUUCUUUGCUCUUCGAGGUUGGCUGUGUAUCGGUUACUGUGGAAGCAUCACUCACUGCCGAUUUGUGGCCGACCAUAGCCGCCGUUUUGAACGGAGAGCGAGUUGCUUACGAGGAGGUUGGGACUGUUAGAGGGAAGGAAGGGUAGCGCAGUGUAGCGAUGGACAAGGCGAGCGUACGUCUCUUUCUGCUAUGCGGCGUGGUGACUUUCCUGUGCCUACGCGGUGCAGUUCGCGCAUGGAUUACUGCAGUGCACACGAAAGCCAUGGGCUUCGACUGGAGUCUCUCCCACGUCGGUGAGAAUCCCAAGAUGGAGGCUGACGCUGCCGAGCUUGGGCGCGCGCGGAGGUUUUUGCUUGGCAUACCUGAGGAGGGCACGCUUGCCACGUUGGAUGCCAGAUUUGACGCCGAGGAGAAGGGAGAGAAAGCGGUGUUUGGUGCUGCUGAUGGAAGGAUUGCUGCCCUCGUCGCACAGAAUGCUGCUGUGCACCGACGGCUUCUCCAUGCUGUUCCUCACAUCGACAUGGACCGCGGGAACGACGGUGGAUCUCGCGGUCCACGGUUGCUGACAGCGGCUGCGUAGUUGUGUCGCGUAAGAAGCUAACAAUCUCUUGGCACUGCAGCUUCGCCUCGUUUUGCUUCCAGCUGGCGUCCUGUCGACCCACUGAUGCUGCUGCGCGUGCGCUCUUUGCCUCUCACUGACUUGGUGGCUCUUCUGUGGUCGUUGCUUUCGACGAUGUUCUAUUUUCUUGUUUUGCCAUAAUUAUGGUACUGCUUUUUUAUUCGCGGUUCGUGUGCCGCCGCUCAUUUGCGGGAUGGGCAUGCCCCUCUUUUCAGAAGAGGGUGAGAGAGCGGAUGAGCGACGGGUGAGAGAGAGAGAGAGAGAGAGAGAGAGAGAGAGAGAGAGAGAGAGAGAGAGAGAGAGAGAGAGGUUGGCAAUCCUUGAGAUGCGGUGCGCACAUGCGACGCUGUGAAGUUGUGUGUUUGUCCGCACGGUAAUGUUAGACACGGAGUAUGGAAGACGGCUUAUGCUGAUGUCUGGUGAUGUGUCUCACGGCAGAAGUCAUAUCUGUGAUGUCAUUUUCUCCUUGUCUAUGGUCAGUCCUUUCAGUUUAGGUCUGUUCCUGUCCGUCGCUCACGUUUGUGAUAAUAGGCGCGUGCUCGCUCAUAUGUUCCGGCUCCUUGCCUCCUUGUCAACAUUAUCUUGCGGUGUGGUCACUGUGUUGUCCGCUUGCUCUGUGUUUGACCUCUAGUCGCUCCUGCUUACGGGCUGUCAUUUGUAGUGGACGGAAAUCGCGGCGGUGAGUGGGCAUCUGCCUUUCCUUCUUCUGUAUGCCUCCUUGUCAUCAUCAUCUCUGAGUGUGGUCACUGCGCUGUCCGCUUGCUCCGUGUUUGACAUCUAGUCGCUCCUGUUUGCGGGCUGUCAUCUGCGAAGACACGCUCCUGUUUGCGGGCUGUCAUCUUCCGAAGACAGAAAUCGCGGCGGUGAUUGUGUUAUCAGCCUUUCCUGCUUCUGUAUCCAACGGGGGAAACCCUCCAGGGUCUUCUUCUACACUCGUCCUUGAAACGUGUGGUGGAUUGGGUGGUGUGGACUGGCUGCUGGCUUCAUGGGGAGUGCAAGGGUCAAGAUCAGGAUGUUGGCCGAUUGAGGACGAUAUGGUUAUGUCAGGCGACGCGGAAUUAUCUCGGGCUUUGUUUGUUCGCUCGUAAAGCCGAUGUUGGGUUGUGAAAAGAUCUUCGUUGCGGAAUGAGUAACGUCUGGAGUGUUGAUGUUUCUCGUAAUUUCGCUCACUAUUGAGUUUUGGAGGCAGGGCAGGGGAGGGUACAGGAACUAAGCGCUCGUGUACUUUUCUAUUUCGAUCGACGUUCUCUUAUGUCAAAUGGACUCGUUUUCAUAACUUGUGAAAGCGACGGGCAGCUUGUUGCGACGAAUACCGCGGAGGCCAACGCGGAGUAUUGAUCUUUCUCAUGUUUCGGAACCGUUUGGAUCCAGGGCGGAGCAGGGGACAGGAAUUAAGUGUUUGUACUUGUCUGUUUCGACCGAUGUCACGUUCGCUUCGUCAAAUGGACGCAAUAUCUUAACGCCUUGUGAUAGCGGGCAGCAGCUCGUAGUCGCACCGAUGACGGCCAAGGCCGUCAAUUGUGUGAAGCAGUCGUCACUGGAUGGCGUGUAGAACUAGUGUUAUCCGAGUGAUUUGAAUGCAAGUGUAUGUUGGUUUGGAUGGGGAGUGUAAGUUGACAGUGCGCUCGAUGGUGUUGAGUGGGUCGAUGUCGAGAAGACUGAAUAAUGGGCGUUUUGUAAGCGUUUCGAGUUGGGUCGUCGCUUCUUAAAUAAGGGAUUUAGGUAUGGAAAAGUGAAAUCAGGGUUGGGGGCUGGGGGGGAGGUCUGGGCGACCAGCCUGACAGCUGAAUAAUGAGGCGCCAGAUGUCCAUAAUCGGAGAGUAAUUGGAGUGAAUAGUAUGAAGCGGAUCGAAGGAAUU